ACGCCUUCAGACCCCCAGACAGCUAACCGGGAGGAGGUGUUUGCUCCUGGAGGGGGAAUGAGGAGCACCUGUGUUUGGGAGCUGACCAACAGUUGGAAAAAGACGAUAGGAAUGUUUGGAGCUUAAUAAGGAAGUGGAACAGAAGGGGAGAAAAAGGCUGACAGGUGGAGGUGAGCAGAUGGGGAGGCUGUGGUGAGAGGAGUUAUUAUUACCCCCCCCCCCAUCCUACAUGAGAACAGCUGGAGGAGACUUGACUCCCUGCAGACACGCAGAACCUCAGCCGGGCUCGGCACUCCUCAAAGCGCUCUUCCUGUUGUGACGGGAAUGCUGGGAAUAUCUGAGAUGUUGGCUGUGCGGUGCCCCCCCCUCACUGAUGACUCUGAGGAAUCCAACAGGAUCCUGACAGGACCUGGACCAGAACCAGAAGCUGAGGACCUAGACUGGGACGGGUACAGCGCUUCACUGGAGCACAGAGCAGCAGCUGAUCCGGAGAGCUCACCGGCCUUUCAGCAUCCCUGCGUGCAGCGGGGCCGGUGUGAGCUGGAGCGUCAGCUGUCCGGCCUCUCCGACCGUCUGGAGGAGGAGGAGGCCUGCUCCGCCCAGCUGGCCCUGCACAGAGACAGACUGGAGGAAGAGUGCUGCAGCCUCCGGAGGCGCCUGGACGGCCUGGAGACGGCCCUGACGGCGGCUGAGCAGGACAAGCAGCAGUCAGACGGUGAGGUGAGGAGGCUGGCGGAGCAGCUUCUCCAGAGGAACGAGGCCGUGAAGAAGCUGCAGAGGGAGAAGGAGCAUUUGGCGGAGCUCAGCCAGCAGGCCAUCGAGGACCUACAGAUGGAGGAGGAGAAGGUGAACAAGCUGGCCAAAGAGAAAACCAAGCUGCAGAUGCAGGCUGAAAAUUUGGAGAACGAGCUGGAGAAGAGCAGGAAGAGGCUGGAGAGCGACAGCAGAUCCCCUUUGGAGGGACCCAUACUGUCAGAGAAGAUGAGGAACGGGCUGGAGGAGCUCAUCAAAAGGAAGGACUUGGAGAUCAGCAGCACCAGCAGCAGGCUGGAGGCAGAGGAGGCCCUAAACAUCGGGCUGCAGAGGAAAAACAAGGAGCUGCAGGUUCGCAUGGAGGAGCUGGAGGAAGAGCUGGAAACCGAGCGUGCCAUGAGAGCCAAGGUGGAGAAGCAAAGGGCGGAUCUGAGCAGAGAGCUGGAGGAUCUGUCCGACCGUCUGGAGGAGGCGGGAGGCGUCAGCGCUUCACAGAAGGAGGUGAACAAGAAGAGAGAGGCCGAGCUCCAGCGUCUGAGACGGGACCUGGAGGAGUCCUGUGUUCAGUCUGAAGCUGUGGCUGCGUCUUUGAGGAAGCGGCACGCCGAGGAGGUGGCAGAGCUCAGCGAGCAGUGUGAGGCCCUGCAGAGGACCAGAGCCAAGCUGGAGAAGGAGAAGCAGAACCUGAGGAUGGAGGUCGACGACCUCACAGCAUCAUUGGAAAGCCUGCAGAAAGCGAAGAUGUCGUCUGAGAGUCACGUAAAGAGGCUGGAGGAGCAGCUGACGGAAGCAAACAGGAGAGGAGAUGACCUGCAGAGAACUCUGGCCGAGCUCAACGUGGCAAAGAGCAGACUGACAGCUGAUCACACAGAGGCCAGUCGACAGAUGGAGGAGGCGGAGAGCAAAGUGAGCCAGCUGAGCCGCACCAAGAUGCUGCUCCAGGCCCAAGUGGAGGAGCUGAAGAAGCAGCUGGAGGAGGAGCUGAAGUCUAAGCAGGCUGUCAGCAGCACUUUGAGUUCAGUGCGGCAGGAGUUUGAGGGGCUGAAGGAGCAGCUGGAGGAGGAGCAAGAGAGCAAGCAGGAGAUGCAGCGCCUCGUUUCCAAACUCAACAAUGAGGUGACGCACUGGAGGACCAAGCAUGAAGCGGAUGUGAUUCAGCAUGCUGAUGAGCUGGAAGACACCAGAAAGAAGCUGGCAGCCAGGCUUCAGGAGGCUGAGGAGGUUGUGGAGGCCACCCAAGCCAAAUGCUCCUCACUGGAAAAAAACAAGCACAGGCUGCAGGGAGAGGUGGAGGAGCUGUGCAUGGACCUGGACAAGGCCAACAGUUGCGGUCAGGCGUUGGAUAAGAAGCAGCGCAUCCUGGAGAAGCAGCUGGCAGACUGGAAGCAGAACUGUGAGGAGCUGGUGGUGGAGGUGGAAAGCUGCCAAAAGGAGAGCCGGCAGCAUGCCAGCGAGCUCUUCAAGCUCAAGACCACUCAAGAGGAGCUCCUGGAGCAGCUCGAGGCUCUGCGCAGAGAAAACAAGGCUUACCAAGAGGAGAUAACUGACCUGACAGACCAGCUGUCUGAUGGCGGGAAGAGCGUCCACGAGCUGCAGAAAGCAAGAAAGAAGAUUGAGAUGGAGAAGGAGGAGCUGCAGGCGUCACUGGAGGAGUUGGAGGCAGCGUUGGAGGCGGAGGAGACAAAGGUUCUGAGGCUGCAGCUGGAGUCGUCUCAGACUAAAGGAGAGCUGGAGCGCAGACUGCAGGAGAAGGAGGAGGAGAUCGAGACCGCAAGGAAAAGCCACCAGAGGGUGCUGGAGUCCCUACAGGCCACUCUGGAUGUGGAGGUGAAGGGACGGGCGGAGGGCCUGAAGCUGAAGAAGAAGCUGGAGGCUGACCUGGUGGAGCUGGAGCUGCAGGUGGACCUGCUCACCAAAAGCAACGCCGAGCUCAGCAAAAGCCAGAAGAAGCUGCAGCAGCAGAUGAAGGAGCUUCAGGCUCAGCUGGAGGAGGAGGUGCACAGCCACGAGGUGAGCAGGGAGGAGCAGGCAGCUCUGGAGCGGCGCUGUGCUGUGCUGCUCGGUGAUGGAGAGGGCUCCCGCACCGCCCUGGAGAACUCAGAGAGGGCCCGCAAGGCCCUGGAGGCGGAGCUGCAGGAGGCCGGCGAGAAGUCCAGUGAUCUGAACAACCAGCUCCAGUUGGCUCUGAGUGGGAGGAGGAAGCUGGAGGUGGACCUCCAGACUCUGCAGCAGGAGCACGAGGAGCUGCAGGCGGAGCUGAGAGGAAGCGGGGAAAAGGCGAAGAAGGCCGGCGUUGAGCUGGCACGAGUAGGAGAGGAGCUUCGUCUGGAACAGGAGCACGCGCUCCUUCUGGAGAGGGCCAAGAAAGGUCUGGAAGGCCAGAUCAAAGACAUGAGCGGGAGGCUGGAGGAGGCCGAGCAGAUCGCUCUGAAGGGAGGGAAGAAGAUCAUCCAGAAGCUGGAGGCGAAGGUGAAGGACUUGGAGCAGGAGUUGGACUCGGAGCAGAAACGGCACGCUGAGACGGUGAAGACGCUGCGGAAAAACGAGCGCCGCCUGAAGGAGCUGCUGUUUCAGUCCGAGGAGGACCAGAAGAACCAGCAGCGGAUGCAGGAGCUGGUGGAGCGGCUGCAGAACAAGAUGAAGGCCUACAAGAGACAAGUGGAGGAAGCUGAGGAGCAGGCCAACGUGAACCUGGCCAAGUACAGGAAGACGGUCCACGAGCUGGACGACGCAGAGGAGCGGGCCGACAUCGCAGAGUCAGCGCUCACCAAGAUCAGGAGCAAGAACAGAAGCAGCUUCGGGAAAGGCCACUCCUCUGGUUACAGCACGCCGUACCCCGGCCUGGCGCGCUCCCCCAGCUCUGUGGGCUCAGAGGGCCGAGGAGAGAAGAUGCUGAACGACGAAGGCGAGUCGGUCAGCUCGCUCAUCCCCGCAUACCUGAACUCCCUGAAGAAGCUGAUGAUCGAGGAUUGAUGAAGACUCUGCAGCCAUUUCUGCCACAGCUGGACCUUAUUGCAGAAACUCCUCUGGUGUCUAAACUUAGCUUUAAACGCAGUUAACGCUUCAUUUCCUCCUCACAGAUUUGGACUCUAGAGUUUUUAGACAGGAUAAUGUUGAGAUGUGGUUCUGCUGUUUAUAUAUCUGGGAAACUUUCACCGAAAAACAAACUUUUAUGCUGAAAAUAUCAAUUUUAUACAAAGAAAAGUGGUCAGAUUUCGGCUUCAUUCCUAUUCAGAGGCCAGUUUCUGGUUUCACUUAGAAGCUUGUUGUCUUUCACAGCUGUUUCAAGAGGAAAACACAAGAGGACUCUUGAUUCUGUUCGUUCUCUGGUUAGUAUCUGAAAAAGAAGGUCGAUGAGGGGAAGGAGGUGAACAAACUCAUCUGUUCCUUCACUCACACUCUGGUUGGUUACUUACCGAAACACUACCUCAAAUCAAAAAUAUAUACCAGAUGCUGGCAGUGCAUUGUGGGAAAAAAUGACCAUAACCCGGUAAAGUCCAUUACAUCAAAGAUUUGACAGAAGAAUUAAACAUUUUGGAGUUGCUGUAUUUUUAAAACCCUUUGAUGAAAUCUACAUAAACAAAUUUGCAUCAUUUUUUUUUACGAGAUAUAGAUCGUAUAAAUUAUUGGGUGACAGUUUUUAGUUUUUUUCAGGGCAGAAAACAUGGACCACGUUCUACACAACAUGUUUUUAAGUUUGGACUCUCGCUAAUUAACAGACUUUUUUUUACUGAGAUAAAUAAAAUUCAUACAAACUUCAGCGGAGAAUUGCUGCUCCUGAAAUAUUUGUUUUCUAAAUCAUUUUGAUCCAUCGCUAAAGUCUACUGUGAUUUUUGCAUUUUCAUGUUAAAGACUGUCUGGAGAUGUGUGUUUAGGACACAGACAUGUAAAGACUGCUUUUUGGAGACAAUUAUAGAUGAUUUGGAAAUAUUUUCACAUGUGGUUCAGUUCAGUAAACUCCAGCCUGGAGCGACCUGAACCCAAACUCAACAGAAAAGGAAAAUGAAACAUCCAACCAAGCUCAGAUGAAUGUAUUAAGAUUCUUAUAAGCCACUCUAUUCAGGUUUAUCUUCUAUCUAAUCUGCAUUUUAGAAUAAACUACUUCUGAACGUGA